AUGGGAAUGACAGUCGCUUCAGAGCUCCGAGUCACGGCCCAUUCUCUGCUGUCGCCCUCCGAACCUACGGUGGAGGACACUGCGGAAUCUGAAGCUGGUGAGCUUUCCGCGAAGAAGACAGAACAGAAGCGGCCCGGGGAGGAGCCAAUGCCCCCUGCAUUGCACAUUUCCCUCUCCCACCCUCUUCCACUGCGCCGCCCGCUGUCCCAGACCUUUCCUGGCCUCGUCUCACGCAUACUGAGGGACAUGCCGGCGUUCAGUGUUGGCCUAGCCUGGCCGCCAAAGGUGUACAACAACGCUCCGAAAAAUGGACCCAAGCGCGCAUUCCUCGCCCUGCGCACUUCUGCUGGAACGCGAGAGCUGGGCACGUUGCUGGAGAAAGUUGACGGGCUGCUGAGGAGGGAGCACCUGCCGACAUACCAUGAGAAUCCCGAGUUUCACACCAGUUUUGCAUGGUGGCUCGACGAUGGUAAGAAGCUGGAUCUGGGCCUGUUGGAGAAGCACAAGGAGGAAGUGAUGGCGUUGUUGAAGAGCGGAUGGAGAGUGGACCACGUCUGCGUCAAGGUCGCCAAGACGAUCACUCGUAUCCUGUUGCGCGACGCCUGA